AUGACAUACAUAAAGAUCAAGCGUGAGAAGAAAAGUAGUCACCAACUCACCAACGGAUGGUAUGCAUUCAGUUCUUAUGAAGUAGCUAUUUCUCCUGUUUGUAUGAAUUGUGAUGGCCCUGUAGCUGCAGGGGUAGAAGGAGUUUGUCUACCUCAGUCUAGGUUGCACGUCUGUACACCUCCAACGCCUGACGCGCCAGCCAUAUCGAUCGUUCCUUCACCGUGUGGGACCGCACAUCCUCCAAAACAGCCUCUGCCCCCCCCCCAGUCUUUACACUCCCUAACUACCGAUCCUAGGCAUUCCCAACUCCCUACGGUUGAGCCGCGUAGUUUUGCGCCACACAUCAGGAUGCACUUGGUCGCUUCAGAACACUGCUCUCUUGGCGGAAAACACAGAAUGCCUAAUCAAAGAAAAAGGUCGUCGGAACGUUCGCUGUGCCCUCAAUAUGUUUUAGAGGAAGCUAGAAGACGAAUAGAAAAUGGUGAAAGCAAAAGAAAAGUAGCAUCGUCGUACGGGAUGAAAGAAAGUACUUUGCGGUAUCGCCUGAAGAGAAAAGAAGCUGCAACAAAGCUUGGUAGAUAUGAUGCAACUCUUUCUCCCGAAAUUGAACAGGAAUUUUGUAAUUAUUUGGAAGAUCUUGACAAUAUGUUUCAAGGGAUGACUCCUAAGAAUUUGAGGAUUGCUGCUUACGAGUUUGUGGUGAAAAAUAAUAUUCCUCAUCGUUUCAAUGCCGAAAAGAAAAUGGCAGGCAAACACUGGCUUCGUGGAUUUCUCAGUCGGCACCCAGAUCUUUCACUAAGACGUCCAACUUCCACAAGUAUUGCUAGGGCGAUGGGAUUUAAUAAGCCACAAUGUGAAAGGUUCUACAAAAAUCUAGCAGAAUUGAUGGACAAGUAUAAGUUUCCUCCAACUUCCAUUUAUAAUAUGGAUGAAACUGGUAUGUCUACCGUACCCAACAAUCCUCCAAGGGUCAUAUCAAAAAAAGGAAAGCGCGCUGUUAAUAAGAUUUCUAGCGCUGAAAGAGGAACGAACGUAACCGUAGUGAAUGCUAUGAGUGCAUCUGGACACUUCAUUCCUCCCGCUUUCAUAUUCGGUCGCAAAAGGAUGAAAGCAGAAUUGCUGGAUGGCGCACCACCAGCGUCUAUUGGAAUGGUCUCAGACACAAGUUAUAUUAAUAGUGAACUGGCUAGGUCACUUUAA